AUGGCUUUACAUUCAACAAAUAAAUCAUUAUUGAUCAAACAAUGGUUUGAUUAUACUCCAGCAAUGAAUGCAAUUAUAGAUGCUCUUCAUAAACGUAUAUUUAAUUUGGAAAUUAUUUUACAAGCAAAUAAUCAAAUAUCAGAUCGUUCGCAUUCAAUAAUCAAUGAUAAUAUAUUAAGUCGUAGGACGAAUAUAAUGGUCAUACAGGAGAAAUCUUCACAAGAAUCUGCUCGUAAUUCAAUUGAUACUUUAUCUCAUCAAUCUAGACGUAGUUCUUUAAUGCCUGAUCAACAAUCAUUAACUUUAACAUUAGAAAAACAACUUUACAAAUUAGGUUUAUCGUCUGAUACUCCAUUCGACCAAACAGCAACCGAUAAUAUUGAUCCAUCCAAUAUUUCUCUUCGUGCAGGUAAAUCAAGGUUACCAAAAUUAAAUCUUACACCAAAUCAAAUGAAAACACGUGCUUAUGAAUUAGCAGCUAUAUUUGAGAAUGCUUUUGAUGAACUUAAUAUCAUUCAUAAAUCAUUAUCGAUAAAUAAUUUUAAUAAAAAUAAUAAUCAAUUUCAAUUCGAUGAUAUGAAUUUAAAUAAUAUCAAUUCACAUCCUUCUUUAUCGCAAAAUUCUCCUUGUAAUCCAUUUGCAUUGAAUCUAGCUGGAAUAUUUAUAAUGAAUGAACGUGAUAAACUUCGUUAUGAAAUAGAAUAUUUUUUUCAUAUUUUAAUAUUAUUUUUUCGUGCUUUACUUCUUGAAUCUCAAACAGAUUUUUUAACAUCUAUUAAUAAUAUAAAUAAUAAUCUUUCAUCAAUACAAUUAAUUGAAUUAAAUAAUCGUUUAAAAAUAUCUCAAGAUAAAAUUAGAAAAUUUUCUUUAAUGAAAAAAAAUUUUCAUAUAGAAAAAUCUCAACAAAUAAAUGAACUUAUUUCUAUAAAAUCACAAUUAAAAGAUCAUUUAAUGGAAGAAAAACAUCGUUCAAAAAUUUCAUUACGUUAUUGUAAUGAUUGGAAAAAAAAUCAUAUUUUACAAUGGAUACAAAUGUUAUUAGAUAUUGAACAAAAUUAUAUUAAAACUAUACAUCAAUAUGAAAAUAUUCUUAAACAAACUGAUAUAAUUCAUCAAGAAACAAUUAAAAUUUUAAUUAAACAAAAUAAUGAAAUAAAAUUAAAUGUUAAUAAAUGGUACGAAUAUUAUCAAAAUGAAACAAAUCGUUUUGAUAAAGAAUUAACAAAUUUUCGACAAGAAUUUUAUCAAAUAAAACGACAACGACAAUAUAUAUAUGAAGAAUAUCAACGAAUGAAAAUAAUUGUUGAUGAAUAUAAUCAAAUGAAAAUUAAUGAAAAUUUAUUUUUAGAAAAACAAAAACAACAAGAAGAAUCUAUUAAACGUAUUCAAGCUUGGUGGAGAGGAACAAUGAUUCGUCAUAUAAAACAGAAAAGACGAAAAAAAAAGAAAAAAUAA